AUGUCAUUUGCUCUGCAGUUUCUCAUUCUCAGUUCAUCUUUGUGGCUUGCCGUGGUGCAUGCACAAAAUUAUCUUCAGGAGCCACCUGCCUUUCUCAAGCCAUGUAGUUUAAAGGAUACAGAGAGUAAUGCCUGUUUGCCGGCAUUAAUAGAGACUAUUUUCCAACACUGGCGGAAUGGUGUGCCUGGUCUACGCGGUGUGGGCUCUUUGGAUCCUUUUCGGGUGGGCAAACUGCGAAUUGCCCAACGUGUGCCACCAAAUCUGGACGUACAAGUGGCACUGCGCAACUUGACAACUCAUGGUCUUAGCCAAGCCAAGAUACUUAACAGCACCACUCUCUUUAAGUCCGCCCACUAUUCCCUUGGAUUUCACGUGAGACUUUCAAAAACUAAAAUCAGAAGCGACUACAAACUGAGGGGUCAUGUCUUACUUCUAAAUCUUAACAGUGCUGGCAUUUUAAACUCGGAAAUGGAUAACCUCGAGUUCUAUCUGGCACUGAAAAUGAAACCAUUGAUGGUGCAUGGCUUGACCUUUAUGAAUGUCAGCGACAUCAAGACAGAUAUUGCUCGGAUUGAUAAGAUCCGAAUAAACUUGACGAAUCUUUUUGGUGGCAAUCAGGAACUUGAACGCAGUGCCAAUGAACUCUUUAACGAGAACUGGCGGGUCCUGUUCGAUGUCCUCCGUCCGGUGCUGACUCAAACCUUCGAUACGGUGCUUUUGGAUCGAUUCUCCAAAAUAUUUAGCUUUGUGCCAGCAAAGUUUCUGUUCCAGGAGUUUGCUUAACACUUAGCUAUUUAUUUAUAGGAUCGUUUAAAUCUGUCAUCACUCUCAAAACCAGUCACAUAUAUUAAGCUUACAUCACAUAAACCAGUUACACUUUAAAUGUAAAUUAUAAUAUUUUGAUAAAGACAAAUUAUUUUGACUGCUCAUUAAGAAAAUACCCUGUAUUCAAAUCAAAAACCAAAUACAUCUGAAUAUUAUUCACUUUUUAGUCUAAA